AUGCUCACCGGCCGGACUGCGAUCGUGACCGGCGCAUCGUCGGGCAUCGGCGCCGGCGUGGCCCUGGCCCUCAGCUGGCAUGGUGCGCAGCGGCUGGCUCAGGUCCAGGCGGAGGCUGCUGGGCCGACAGUGGUGGUGGCCGGCGACGUGCGCGAGACCGAGGCGCCCGAUGCAGCAGUGGCGGCGGCGGUCGAUUCACUCGGCGCUCGUCCAGACAUUCUGGUCCAUGCAGCAGGUGUGGCGAUCAACGCCCCGCUGGCAUCGAUGCCGCAGGAUGCGCUGGAAGAGGUCAUCGACAUCAAUCUCACCUCGGCCGCCCGAUACGCUCGCAGCGUAGUCCGCUCCGCUCUCCGCCAGCGCCCAUCACGCCGAACUGACAUCGUACUGAUUGGGUCGGUGGUCGGCGCCGGGCUGGCAUCGCGUGGUCAGACCGCCUACGCGGCAUCAAAGGCAGGUCUUCGCGGCCUCUCGGCAUCGCUGGCUCUGGAGAUGGCUCCCCGCGACUUCCGGGUCAAUGUCGUCGAGCCGGGCUACAUCAAGACUCCGCUCACCGACUCGCUUCCUGCCGACCGUGUGGAGGCCAUCAAGGCUGAGGUCCCGCUCGGCAGCUUUGGCACCGUCGACGAUGUCGUCCAUGGCGUCAUCUACCUCCUCACCUCCAACUACACCACCGGAUCGGUCCUCACCAUCGACGGUGGGCUCACCCUCUAGCAUCCUUCCCAUCUUCCGAAUCUGUGCUCUGUGCUGUCAGCCUUUAACCCUUAACGGUACGGUCAUUCGGACGCGUUGUCGCGCAUCUCAAAGUGAACAACUCGAUGAUGCCUGA